UGCUCUCUCCUCCUCUCUCUCUCUCUCCAUCUCUCUCUCUCUUACUGUACCUCCCUGCUGCGCUCUCUGCUCUCUCUCCUCCUCUAUUUAAUCGUUCCCGGUUCCCUCUCUUUGUAUCUCUGUAUCGUCCUGUGCUCGUCUUCCUCUGGAUACAGACACUAUAUUGGAUUUAGUGCAGAGGUAGCUGCUCUGUGAGCCGGCGGCUCCUCAGAGACCAAACUAAAGGAUGGUCAGUCAGCACAAGUCUCUCCAUCCUGCUGCUGCUGCUGCUGCUGCUGUUACUGCUGCUGCCAACAACCUUUUAAUCGCUGCGGGGCGAGAUAGAGCUCGCUGACAGAGGGAUUAUUACUCCACAUCUUCCUCUCCUUUCUCUCUCUCCCUCCCUUUCUCUCUCCAUCUCUCCCUCCCUCUCUCUCUCCAGUAUGCGAUCAUUGUGCCGGAUGGAGGUCUGCAGAAGAAUUGAUGCCAAACACUAAAGAGAGCGAUCUGCGUGAGAGAGAGAGAUAUAUCUGCUGGGAGGAGAAGAAGUUUCACUGCGCAUCGUCUUGUGUGGGAUGGGAGAUGGGAUGUGCUACAGCUCUGCAAUGAGCCGUCUGUUGGUCUGUUUCUGGCUUGUGAGCAUCACCUGCCGUCUGAGCCUCUCUCAGGAUGUAACUGGAACUCCCAAAGAGGCCGAGUUAAAUGACAACAUCACCAUCUUCACCCGCAUCCUGGACGGACUGCUGGACGGGUACGACAACAGACUGCGUCCUGGACUGGGAGAGAAGGUGACUGAGAUUAAAACCAACAUCUUUGUCACGAGCUUUGGUCCCGUCUCCGACACUGAAAUGGAAUACACUAUCGACGUGUUCUUCCGUCAGAGCUGGAAAGAUGAGCGGCUCUGCUUCAAAGGUCCGAUGGAGAUGCUUCCUCUGAAUAACCUGCUGGCCAGUAACAUCUGGACUCCCGACACCUUCUUCCUCAACGGGAAGAAAUCCAUCGCACACAACAUGACCACGCCCAACAAGCUGCUGAGGCUGAAAGACGACGGGACGCUGCUCUACACCAUGAGACUGACGAUCUCAGCGGAGUGUCCCAUGCAGCUGGAGGACUUCCCCAUGGACGCCCACGCUUGUCCCCUUAAAUUUGGAAGCUAUGCGUAUCCGGUCUCGGAGGUGGUCUACACCUGGACUCAGGGAGCAGCCAAGUCGGUGGUGGUGGCGGAGGAAGGCUCGCGGCUCAAUCAGUACCAUCUGAUCGGUCAGACUGCAGGAACGGAGGACAUCUACACCAGUCGAGGUCAAUACACCGUGAUGAUGGCUCACUUCUACCUGAAGAGGAAGAUCGGCUACUUCGUCAUCCAGACCUACAUGCCCUGCUUCAUGACGGUGAUCCUGUCGCAGGUUUCCUUCUGGCUCAACCGGGAGUCGGUGCCAGCGCGGACCGUGUUUGGUGUGACCACGGUGCUCACCAUGACCACUCUCAGCAUCAGCGCCAGGAACUCGCUACCUAAAGUGGCCUACGCCACCGCCAUGGACUGGUUCAUCGCCGUGUGCUACGCCUUCGUCUUCUCCGCGCUCAUCGAGUUCGCCACGGUGAACUACUUCACCAAGAGGAGCUGGGCCUGGGACGGGAAGAAGGCCAUGGAGGCCCAACUGCCCAAGAAGAAGGACCCUCUGGCUCUGUCUAAGAAGCCCAACAACACCUGUUCAGCAGGUGUGAAUUACACCACCAACCUGACGAAGGACGCGUCCAUCUCGACCAUCUCAAACAGCACGGCAGUUCAGCUCAAACCCUCUGAGACCAAGCCCCCCGACCCCAAAAAGACUUACAACAGCGUGAGCAAGAUCGACAAGAUGUCCCGGAUAGUGUUCCCGGUGCUGUUCGGGACCUUCAACCUGGUCUACUGGGCCACGUACCUCAACAGGGAACCGGUGAUUAAAGGAGCCGUUUAAAGCUCGUUCAUCCUCCUGAUUCAGGAUCUCAUCUCUAAAUCAGACCUUGUAUCAUAGACCCCCUUCACACCCGGCAUUAAUAUGGCUUUUUAGGUGAUUGGAUUAUAAUCGGAUAUGAUUGACCAACGCAGUGAAGAUGGAUUCAAACUAACUCCAGAGGUGGUCAGGGACGCAUUGUGACCACAUUCAAGUGGAAAUGUGUUUUCAAUCCACUUACAACUACGGAGAUAUCACACACAACUGUUCCAAACCAGCGAGGAAGCAGCUUGUCAAAAUGGAUAUUCCAGACAUUCAUGGACGGAGUCAAGACGACACUUUUCAGUUUGGUCUAAAAGUGAAACUUGGCAAUUCAUAUCGCAGCCGAGUCAUUUAUGAAGAUCCGCUAAGCUAACGGUGGAGAACGGCUCCAACGAGAGGAGGAUGUGACGUUUGGUUGUUUGAGCGAUCGGAUCUCAAUGUGAACGCUGGAGACCAGAGGUGUGGACUCGAGUCACAUGACUUGGACUCGAGUCAAACAUUUGGUGACUUUAGAUGAUUUGUCAAACUAAAACUGGACUUGGACUUUUACACCAGUGACUCGUGUCUUCUUCUCUUGGACUCUUGGAGCCUUUUGAUUUGAAAAUACCUGAUUCCUUCCUCCCCCAA